AUGUUCACCGACAACAAGCCGACCUGUGUGGGAAAUUUUGGCUUCUACCAGAAGGACACGAUUCGAGCUAACAUUGGCUCAAGCUAUCACCUUGCCGCGCAACGGACACUCUCAUUACCGAGAAAGCUACAACAGCAUACCUGCAGAUACGAUGCCAAGUGCGUUCGAUCCUUCCUGGCUUACCACACCCCCACGUGGGAGCGAUUCGUACCAACUUUGUGGGACAGCGUCGCAUGCUCACUCGACGUUGAUGACGUCAACUUACAAGCUCUUAGAGGUCCAUCGAAGGCUCUUGUCAUCGCCUCUGCCUCUAGAUAUAUCGAGCGACUUGAGAUGCGGGAUGUGCAGACGACUGCUUUCUUGAAAUCAUUAAAACAGCAAAUCAAUGGUCUACAGAAGCUUGUCCGCUGGGACGACUACUUAGUCCAACAAGACUCCCAACUCCUGCCAAUGUUCGCGCAAGAGGAUCCGUGCGCGGUUAUCAGUAGAUAG